UCUCUCUCUCUCUCUCUCUCUAAGAUUGUGACGCGGGCCGCUCGCGAUAAACAGCUGCCUCUCAGAUUUCGGGCAGUCUCGAGGACAUGGAUGCUAAGGCGGGCUCGUUCGGCGCUGGCCGGGCUGGCGCGGCUUUCGACCCGGUAUCCUUCAUCCGCGAGCCACGGACCAUCCUACGCGUGUUGUCUUGGGUGUUCUCCAUGGUAGUGUUUGCGUCCAUCAUCAACGAGGGCUAUGUUAACUGGGGGAGUGAGCGCCUGCACUGCAUCUUCAACAAGAACUACGACGCCUGUAACUAUGGCGUCUCCAUAGCAAUGGUUGCCUUCCUGGCCAGCGUGGUGUUGCUGGUGCUCGACGUCUACUUCCCCCAGAUCAGCAGUGUACGCGACCGACGCAGGAUAGUGCUGCUGGAGCUAGCCUUCUCAGGGCUGUGGACGUUCCUGUGGUUUGUCGGCUUCUGUUUCAUGGCCAAUCAGUGGAGCCAAACGACAGCAGACGUACUUCCUCUGGAGCAGGCAGCUGAUGCAGCACGAGCAGCCAUCGCCUUCAGCUUCUUCUCAAUACUCACCUGGGCUGCCCUCACCUUAUUGGCUCUUCAGAAGUUCCUGCAGGGAACCGACCUAUCGCUGUUCAGCAGCCCGCUCCAGAAUGGCCACGCCCCCAAGCAGCCCUGCUCUCCCUCCGACGUGAUUGGCCAGACCACCGUCACCAUCAAUGACUAUAAGACUCCACCAUUGGUCCAGACCAUGGAGGCACGCCCACCUGACUACCAAGCCCCACCCCCUGCCUUCUGAUACGGCCAUGGACACACAAACACACACACACACACACAUACAGGAGUAAAAAACUAAAAUUCUCUUCCACAAACACGCACACUAACAGUACAGUCGCUCACACAUACACACAUUAUAUUAAACAUAACCACACACACUUUGUACCAUAUCUCUCUCUCUCUCUCUAUCUCCCUCAGAAGAGCACACACACACCACUCGCUUGUGCACGCAUACUCAUUUGAUUUUCUUGUCUGGAGAAUGUAACACACGUGUGUGUGUGUGUGUGUGUGUGAUAUUUGCCAUACAAUUGCACAGCUGUGUGUGUGUGUGUGUGUGUGUGAUCUUUUCCACACAAAGCUAUCUGUUCUCUCUCUCUCUCUCUGUCUUUGACUUCUGCAUUCAGUCUGAAUAAUAACUUUACUACUGCAAUGCUAUCAACCCAAUAAAGUGUUAAACCACCAGGUCUCA